AGGAUGCGUUGGUAAUUAAGUGAUUGUUCGUACCAAAGCGUUCGGACUCUGCCUCCAGGGGAUUGUCAUAGACCCAAGCAACUCAAAUCGAAUAGAAGACAACCCAAUAGACAGACGAGCACCAUGAGCAAGAGUGAUCCCACAGACCUUGCGGAAGCAAAGGAGCUUAUCAAGAAGCUCUCCAAGCUUCGCACCAAACCAAUCAAAGUCUAUAACGUAGGGACCACCAUGACAGCCGAGGAGUCAGUCAACCAACAAAACAAACAUAGCGACAAGAGUGUGAAGAGUUCGAGAAGCAUCAAGUCGCUCAAGAGCAUCAAGAGUGCUCCUGGCCAUAUAUCAGGUGGUUCUAGGACGACAAGUAAGGCCAGCUCCGGAAGGAAAAGCUAUCAAGGCAAUAACACCAACAACAAGAAGAAACCCCCGCCUGCCAGGAGGGACGACAUUCCCUCGGUUAGUAAAGAACGCACGAAUGCUGCUGCUGCCUCGAACGGUCGAGACAUUGCGUCUUAUUUAGAAAAGAUGACAAACACGUCCGAGGUUAGCACUGCCUCGCUAGACUACAACUACGAAAAGGAUGGGCUGCAGAUCAAGCAGUUGCCCUGGACUCAGCAGGACACCAUUCAAGUCAUUCAGCAAUUGACAUUUCUGCAAGAGGAGCUUCUGGGAAAAGGAACGGGGGCCUUCAAUGAAAAUGUGGCCUUGUGGAAGGAAGGAGUGGAAGAUUUAGAUUUCAAAAUACGCAAAGCCUUGGGAGGUGGCAACACCAACAACGCCGCCGCCUGUUCAGGGACUAUGGACCGCGAAGACCCACUCCUUCAACGACUCCUGUCCACGAUGCGUGGCAUUAACGUGGUAGACAUGCCCAGGCUUUCAACGCUGAUGAAAGCCAACCAGAAGGCAGGAGAUGUGAUUGAGGGCAAGGACGUGAUUAUCUUGUGUGGUGAAACGGGAUCUGGGAAAACCACGACAUUGCAAUUCCUUCUGGGUACCACCUUUGAUGAGAUUGAAAUCGACGGUUUUCUGCACUAUGGACCGACAACCUUUGUUGACCCCAAUCAUGCAGACUUCAAGACUUCGUACAGUCGGGAACCCACUACUCGAAAUCUUCAGGCGGCAGCUGUCAAGAUGAACGAAGGCGAUGAGGAAGACGGUCAGCAAGAGAUUGCGGUUUGCGACGUUCCAAGCUACGACGUGACCAAGUGCCUCGAAGAAGACAUUGCCCUUGGAAUAGGAAUGGUCCAAGCUCUACAACGGGCCAAAUCGGUUCGACCUGUCGUGGUGUUGAGUCGAGAUGGUAUGGGCAAUCGCUUCGGCAACCUCUGUGAUACCAUGAGGAUUGUCAUGCGUCUCUGCAAUGUCACCGAGAACGAAGAUUGGAAACCUUUCCACUAUGUCUUUACCAAGUAUGAUGAGAAACAUCGAGAGUUGCUUCACAAACAGUUCGUGGCGUUGCGACGAAAUCCUCCCAAGAUUGGUCAAGGACAUUUGCAGGAACUGUUUGAAGCCUUCGUCGGUGAUAUUGCAGAGAAGACUUCCGUGGAGGCCACGGUAAUCCGCCCCAUGGAGGACCACCCAGCAAACGUCUUGCCUGUGCUCGCCGGAGACGAUCCUUCUUGCAAGGUGAAUCCGCUGGAGUUUUGUGCAAACUUUGCCUCAGACUUCUCUGUCAAGCAACUGCAACUUCAAAUGCAGGUCCAUCUCAACGACUUCCAUGGUCAUUUGCUGGAAGAGAACUACUACUCUGCAAUUAGGGCUAUGGAGGGAAUCAAGGUGUUGGCUGACAUGUUCCCUGAUAUGCAGGGAUACAUCUUGCAAGCCAAAGAAGCCUUUGUGCAGCAAGUGGCGCUGAUCUGGGUCCUUGUAGUUCGAAGCAUCGGAAAACAAGACUACCACACUGCUCUCUAUCGCAUGGAGCAGCUUAGCUCCAUGGCCAAGGACUUUCCUGAUGCUGUUGAGUGCUCAGAGCUUGGACGUGAAAUGCUGUCGCAAAGCAUCGUGGAACCAAUCACCGAGAAGGCCUACGGGAAGUCGAUUCACAGGAUGAAACUAUUGGGAAAAGUGCGAAAGCGUUUCCCCGAGGCUGUCGAGAGCAUAGAACUUGGAUUGGAAGCAUUGCGAGACACGCUUAACGCUCUGGUGGAAGAAAGAGAUUUUGAUACUGCCAUUGACCUCAUCACGCAACUCGGGCGAGCAGAACCUGACAUUCCCGAAGGCUUCUCUGUCGCACAACAUGGACUGCACCUGGUUCGUGAAAGUUUGAUGGGUAUCGUCGAAGAAGAAAACUACGAGGAUGGCAUGAAGCUCACAAUGCGAGUGAGCGAGCUAGGGCGAGACUUUGCAGAGGCCAACGGCUAUGUCAGAAAGAUCUUGAAGAUCAUUCGGAAGCGCAUCGACCAGUCCAUCCAGCUGGGGGACUAUGUCAAAGCAGGCUUCCUCUUGCGACAUCUCUGUGAACUCGGGAAGGAGCUUUAUGACGGAUCUGAGUACGUUGAAUACGCAUUUGAUACGGCAGCCCAGCAUGUCUGCGAACUGCGGAUGGAGGUUGUCAAUGCUUUUGAAACGCUUCUCAAGGUCAAGGACCAAAAGAAGUACCUGCAACUCUUGGAGUAUGCUUCCGCUUCCAUGUCCAAUCUGAUGAAGUCAGAACCCAUGAGGCUCGUAUGCACCGAGUUCUACACUACUCGUGGCAACGUUCCGCGGGACAACGACGGCUACAAGCCCAACUACCUAGUCAUCUUGUGCACUCCGAAAGACUGUACAAGCGAGGCCUUCUGUGUUGCACAGGUCCGGCAUUUGGUUGAAAGCGUCUCGACAGAGCUCGACAUGUUCGAGAGUGAAAACACUAGCAUGGAAUAUCUUAUGGCGAAUCGCAAGUCUCUGUUGUCAAUUCUCCUUCGUCUCCGUGCCGCCAAUCGAGUCUUUCAGGAUGGACCCGGUGGGACCAUGGCAAAUGGGCUGUACGAAAAGGCCUUUGUAAAGUUCCAGGCUCUCAUUGAAGGAAUUAUUAAGCUGUCGGAAGAAAGCUUUGCUUCGUCCAUGGAAAUGAAGGAGUUUGAGUUCCAAGCGUGGUUCCUCGCUUUUCUGAUCCAAGGCUUCACCCGAGACAGCCGCAGUGAUGAUACAUCUGUUGACCUCCAAGCCAUGGACAAGCUGGAUCACCGCCGCGUGACCCUGAUGCUUCGUUUCGAAAACGAGAUAUCAGAGACAAUGGACUUGCUCACGAACUACAAGUUCCCUGAUUUUAAGCCUGCUUCAGGAGGCCCUCCAGACUUCUUGGCAUACUUUCAAGAUAUCAAACUUGGCGAUUUGGAAGCCCCGCGACAGCUGCUUUUGUCGCUAGGCCAGGCACAACAAUUAUGCAAGAUGAUGGCUACCGUGCUAUCCUGUGAAGAUGCACAGAAAGCUGUCCAUGCCCUCGACAAAACGGUGGUCCAACUGUUCCAGCACAUCGUCGAGAGCCUGGAAGAAUCGUAUGGACAAUUGGUCCAUGACAUCAAGGAGCAACGAGUGCAAUACACGACAGCGGUUCGUGACGCCAAGAUUUUGAGCCAAUCGAUCGACGCGACGAUUCGACCUGAGAUCUGUGCGGUCCAGAACUGGUCGGAUGACACGUUCCCAGGGCUCGGGCCUAUCUUUCUGCGAUUGGCCGAAAUCGAGCUUACGUUGGGCAAAUUGACGAUUAAGCUGGAAGAGAAAAUCCAAGAAGAGGCAGACAUUAGCCCCGUGGCAUUUAUCUACUCUCUCUUCUCCGGCAGGUCAAGUAAUGGAGAAGGAGGGCCCCUCGGCUGUUCAUGUUUGGGAGGCGACGGUGAAGACUUCUUCAUGUCGACUUUGCCGGAGCUGCCACCGGCCAAGGGACCGAGUGACACACAUACCACAAGUGGCACGCACACCACAGCAGUAGAAGAGGAUCACACUGUAUCCACAGCCAGCGUUCAACACACCACAGACGGUAGCCCCUCCGUGACAGAAUCUGCGAUGGAAACCACCUCUUACUACACAAAGAGCACAGGCAUGGCUACGGGCAUCGAUCCAGCGGCGCCGAGCUCUGUCAUUGGUCACGCUGAUAUCGAAGCAACUAAUACCGGCAGGGUCGGUACGUAUGUUGUCCCGGAGCAAACGGACUUGGAAAGGGAGCUGAUUAUACCCACACGAUCCCCAGUAGACUGUUGAUGACUUCCGCCGUCGUAUCCAAGAAGGUUGACUAUUACUGUGGUAGUUGGCAGACGGCAGAAAGUUUCCCGGCAAUGUCAGUGCAAAGUCUGAUUCUUUUGAAGCAUCGAAAUCUGUGUGAAUGUACAAGCACACACAAUUGUAGAACAAGUAACCCACUGCACGUAGAUUUUAAAACUUGCUAAAGUUAGCUCCCAGAGCAUCUUUG